ACUUCGGAUAUAUUUUCUGCGACUUGACAGAGCAUACAUAUAUAUUAGAACAAAAAACCAACAAUCUUGAUAAAUCCAAAGAACCGAUUGUAACUAAAACACCAACAACAGUGACAUACAAUUCAUUCAAGGAGUCUUUAGAGAAAGAUUGGUCAAUGAUGACGUUGAAAAGCAUUAGACGAAGGAUAUCACCAGUGGCAUUCCUCAUUCUAAUGUUGAUGAAAUUUCAGAAAGUACACCUUCGUGUACCUACUGCAGACGACAGCAAAGCUAUUAUUGAUAGUAAGCCUGAUUUCUUCAAGAGUAUAGGUAUAACAGAUACAACGUUACUGGACGAUAGUCUUAUAAGCGAUAUGGCAUCCUUAUACGAUACAGAGAUGACACCAGUAGCAGCUAUAGUCGGCGGGAUUUUAGCACAGGAUAUUCUGCGAACAUUGUCUGCAAACGGACUGCCGAUUCGUAAUUGGUUCUAUUAUAAUGGUUUAGAUGGUAAGCUGCAUUAUCGCGAUGACUCAUAUUGUUCGCUUUCAUAGCCCUGCUUAACUCUUCAAUUUUGCCCUUUUCUAGGUUCUGGAAUGGUUCAUUAU